AUGGGUGGGCGACCCUCCAGCCCCCUGGACAAACAGCAGCGGCAGUACCUCAGGGGCCAGGUGGACACGCUGCUGAGGAACUUCCUGCCCUGCUACCGGGGCCAGCUGGCCGCCUCUGUGCUGCAGCAUCUCUCGAGGGAACUAGGCCCCCAGGAGCCCGCCGUGUGUCAGCUGCUGCGGAGUAGAAAGUUGCCCCGAGUGCGGGAGCAUCGUGGGACCCUGGCGCAGCUCCGGGGCCGCCCUCCGCAGUGGCUCGAGACCUUCUGUGUCCUGCGUGGGGACGGCCGUCUGGAGUGGUUCAGCCACCGGGGGGAAUACGAGAAGGGAGGCCCCCCUCUGGGUGCCGUGGCCCUGACAGGUUUCACAGUGCUCACCUCCCAGCGAGAGUACUUGCGCCAGCUUGACUCACUCUGCCCUCCAAUACCCCCAGGCCAAGCCCCACAGGACCCCGACCCUUUCCUGGAGAUGCCUGGGGCUUUCCCCCUGUUCCUGCAUCAUCCCACCCGCGGACACCUCUGCUUCUCGGCCACUUCGGCGGCAGCGCAGCGCACCUGGCGGCUCGCCCUGCAGGGGGGGAUCCGGCUUCGUGGCACAGUCUUGCAGCGGAGUGCGGCACCUGCGGCACGGGCCUUCCUGGACGCCGUCCGGCUCUACCGCCAGCAGCGAGGCCACUUUGGGGAGGACGAUGUGACACUGGGUUCGGACGCCGAGGUGCUGACAGCCGUGCUAAUGCGGGAGCUGCUGCCUGUGCUGCGUGCCCAGAUCCUGCCUGGCCUGCGGGGGUCCGGCCGGGCCCGGGCCUGGGCCUGGACAGAGCUUCUCGACGCCGUCCACGCUGCUGUGCUAGCUGGGGCCUCCGAGGGCCUCCGCGCCUUCCAGCCGGAAAAGGACGAGCUGCUGGCGGAGUUGGAGAGGAGCCUCCGGCCGGACUUGGACCAGAUGCAGCGGCUGCAGGCCGGGGUGACGGAGAAGCUGCAAACCCAGGUCCAGGCUUCCCUGGAGGCCUGCCUGUGCAGGCAUGUGGACCCGCAGCUGCCUCUCAUCACACAGAGGCUGCUGAGCACCGUGGCGGCGGCACUGGGGGUGGUGCAGGCCCUGCUCACCCAGGGCAUGGACCGCCUGCACCGGCACCUGCGGGGAACCCCUUCUGGCAAGCAGCUGCGCAAGGAGGUCUACUCCUUUGGGGAGAUGCCGUGGGACCCAGAACUGAUGCAGAAGUGCUACCGGGAGGCUGAGCAGAACCAGGGCCGCCUGGGACAGCUGAUGGCACCGUUUGGCUUCUUGGGAACACAGAGCCUGGUGUUUGGGGUCCUGGAUCUGGUGCAGCAGCUUAUGGCCGACGCCGUGGCCACCUUCCUGCAGCUGGCGGACCAGUGUCUGAGCCCUGCGCUGGGCUGUGACCAGGCAGCCCGGCAGCUGGAGAAAGCGCGGGAGCGCAUGCUCAAGAAGUUUCAGUCUGACCGAGACUCUGCACAGAGGCGGUUUGUCCGCGCCUGGCUGCUCAGCAUCUUCCUGCCUGUCGUGCUGAGCCGGCUGGAGCUGGGCUGCAGAGCCCGACUGGCCGAGUUCGAAGGGGACGUCCUGGCGGUGGGGAGCCCCGCCUUGACCAUCAACGGCGUCUAUGAGGAUCUGGUCCGGGGGGUCCUGCUGCAGAGGGUCGACCGAGGUGAGCUUGACCUCUCCUCCCCUUCGGGUGCUCACCCACAGCCGGAUCCAACAGCAACCUCCUGA